GUGCAUUUCUUAGCCCAUCAUGCGUGGCAGUCAACUUGCCUCCUGGGCAGCUCUCAUCACUGCGGCAUAUGCCCAUCCUCAUCACGACGCAGUUCGCCAUUCUUCAAAUCCUCUUCAAGCACGACAGCUAGCCAGUGGCGACGCUCUGGAGAACUUUCGUCCUCGCCAACGCUCUGCAUACGUCGAGGCCGCUGCGUUAGAGGGCGACGUCGAAGCCGCAGCAUCAUCCGAGGAGUCAGAUGAGGCACGCGGACUGCCUCGCUACGUUCGAGCAGCUACUCGCUUCGUUGAGAGGACAUUCCCGGAUGCUGAGUUCCGUGAAGUUGGCGACCACUAUGUCAGUGGUAGCGGUAUCGGGCAUGUCUACUUCAAGCAGACGAUCUUUGGAUACGACAUUGACGAUGCCGACUUCAACGUCAACGUCAACGAGGACGGCAGCAUCUUCUCCUACGGCAAUUCUUUCUACACGGGAGUUCUGCCAUCAUCCGCUCCCGCGGUCCCGCAACUCCUGGAGCCCACCGAGGUUGUCUCCAGUGUAGCCCGUACUCUGGCUCUUCCCAUCGACCCUGCUCAAGCCGAGAUCGUGGAAGAGGAGACCGCCGCCUUCAGAGUGGAGGGCCUGUCGAAUGUCGAGUCCGCACCGAAAGGUCAGCUCGUCUACUACCGCAACGGCGACAAUGAACUUGUGCCAGCAUGGCGCUUGGAGACGGACGUCACCGACAAUUGGUUGACCACUUACCAACAAGCCGAUGGAUCGAACCAGAUCCUGGCCGUGACUGACUACGUCUCUGAUGCAUCCUAUGAAGUCUUUCCAUGGCCAAUCAACGACCCAGUCGGCAACAAACAGAAGGUCGAGCGCAAUCCCGAAGACAAACAGUCCAGCCCCCGCGGCUGGCACGACGACGGCGUGCGAAAAACUACAACGACCGCCGGCAACAACGGCAUCGCCCAGUCCAACACCGACGGCGACGCAGUGUACCUCACCGAGCCUCGCCCGCAGAGCGCCUCGCUCGACUUCCGCGCUCCCUUCGACCCAGCCCUCGAGCCCGCCGAGUACAUCAACGCUUCCGUCAUCCAACUCUUCUACACCUCCAACAGAUACCACGACCUCCUCUACACCCUCGGCUUCAACGAAGAAGCCGGCAACUUCCAAACCUCCAACUUCGGCCGCGGCGGUCAGGGCGGCGACUCCGUCAUUCUCAAUACCCAAGACGGCAGCGGACUCAACAACGCCAACUUCGCCACCCCUCCUGAUGGCGCUCAAGGUCGCAUGCGCAUGUACGUCUUCAACCAGUCCACUCCCAACCGCGACUCCUCCUUCGAAGCCGGCAUCGUCAUCCACGAGUACACCCACGGUCUCUCCAACCGACUCACCGGCGGCCCGCUCAACUCCCGCUGCUUAUCCGUGCUCGAAUCCGGGGGUAUGGGCGAAGGCUGGUCCGACUUCUUCGCCACAUCCAUCCGCGUCAAAAACUCCGACAAGAGGACCGUCGACUACCCGAUCGGCGACUAUGCGUUCAACGACCCCAAAGGGAUCCGGGCGUACGUCUACUCCACCAGCUUGACGACCAAUCCGUACACCUACUCCUCUCUCAACACCCUCACUCGCGUCCACCAGUUCGGAACGGUGUGGUGUUCGACGCUGUAUGAAGUGCUGUGGAAUCUCAUCGAUAGCCGUGGUAACACGCCCAAGCAGACGCCGACUCUGACUGGAAGAGGCAUCCCGACUGAUGGGAAGUACUUGGCGAUGAAGUUGGUGCAGGAUGGGAUGGCGUUGCAGCCUUGCAAUCCGACGUUCUUGCAGGCGAGAGAUGCUAUUUUGGACGCGGAGAGGGCGUUGACGAAGGGGAAGUAUAGGUGUGAGUUGUGGAAGGGUUUCGCGAAGAGAGGGUUGGGUGAGGAUGCGAAGAGAGUGGGGAGCGCUGGCGGUGCGAAGCCGCUGGUGGAUGGCAGAGGUGAUCAAGAGCGCGGUGCUGGUAUAUCGUCAACGAAGCGAGGACGACGCGACGGUGUGGUGUGA